UCUGAUUUCACAGUCAAUUAGUGAAUUAGAGGGUAUUUUAGGGAAGAGUGUCUGUGACAAAUUGGUAAUUUGAAUAAGAAUACAAAGGCCGCUUUUCGAUGAGCAAUGCCCCGCCGCCGGCGCUCGCCCGACCUGGAGGACUCUGACGACGACGACGACUCGCGCCACCCCCAGCGCAACGCCGCCAACGCCCGCGAGCGCGCCCGAAUGCGCGUCCUCAGCAAGGCUUUCUGCCGUCUAAAAACCACCCUUCCGUGGGUCCCCGCCGACACCAAACUCUCCAAACUGGACACUCUGCGUCUCGCCACCAGCUACAUCGCCCACCUCCGCGCCGUCCUCAUGGACCAGCCCCUCUCCCCCGACCACCUCCACAAACAUCCACUCACACUCACUUGGCCGUACAGUUUUCAGAGGAAUGAGCCGAAUGGGGAUGCCAGUGGUGAGAGGGAAACGCAAGUGUGGAACGAUCUCUCGAUUCAGCCUGUCGUCAGGGAUAAAGACGUCUCCUAUUACUACUAAUUUAUUGCUGGAGACUAUGAUGGAUAGGGGAAGAGAUUAGAAAUUUUAAAUUAUUGCAAGCCAUUUUAUAAAUUUAUUACUAGCGAGGUUGUGUCAGCGUGAAUCCGAUACUUUUGGGGCAGUUCGGAGAAGUGAGGACAGGCAUUUUUGUCAAAGUAGAUUAGUUAUAUUUAUUUAUUGUCAAAAAAUAUUUUUACAAAUCACCUAAUUCGUAAAUAUAUUUGACUAAUAAGCA